CUCUGCAUUUUGUCGUUCCGUGUCCGUGGUGCGAGUUUACUAAGUGUUCGCUUGUCGUUCGAGUUGUACCUCCUGUAGGAACCACUGUGUGCGGUUAACUUCCUCUAUAGCAGUACCAAGUCGGCUGAUUGAAGCAAUUGUUCAACAAGCGUUCGGUGCCGGUGUGUCCGCAGGGUGAAGUGAUUUGUGCGAUUGUUGAUUAGGUUCGUUCCGUGUGUGCUUUACUGGAGGAAGUCCGUUUGGAGUACAGAAACAGUUCGUCAAUUAUAAUACUUCACUGACAGGUGGGAUAUAUAAAUAAGAUAACACCAUCCAUCGAAGUCUUCCUUUUUUUACUGAAUAAUCAACAAAAUCAACGAAGUAACAACGAUGGCCGCUAUCUCAGAAUUCCGCAAGAGCAAGCUCCUGUAUGUGUUCCACGUGUUCUUUGACAUCAACCAGAGCGGAGAGAUUGACCGCAAGGACUUCGAGCUUGCUAUUAAUAAAAUUUGCGACCUACGUGGUUGGCCAGAGGGCCAUGCCAAGAACAAGGAAACCCACGAUGCCAUGUUCAAGAUUUGGGAUGGAUUGAGGACGAAGGCUGACGAGGAUAACGACGGCCAGGUCUCCGUAGACGAAUGGUGCAACAUGUGGGACGCCUAUGCCAAAAACCCAAACGCCGUCCUGGAUUGGCAAGUAAGAUACAUGAACUUUAUGUUCGACCUGGAAGACGCUUCUAACGAUGGAACCAUCGACUCGGGUGAAUUUUCUACCGUUUACUCGAGCUACGGAGUCGAUAAGAACGAGUGCCUGGAGGCAUUCAAGAAAAUGUCAAAGGGUGCCGCCGAGGUAAACCGGGACCAAUUUGCUGUAUUGUGGCGCGAGUAUUUCUCCUCGGACGACUCGAGUGCUCCGGGAAAUUUCAUCUUUGGAAAGACCAGCUUCUAACGUGCUAGCGCAGAUGUAUCCUAUCGAGCGAUGUUUCCUAUUAGCUCUUUAUGUCCAUCGAUAGUGUUCGAUCUAUUGUAAUAAGAAUUGAUUAAUCAAAACAAAGAAAAUAGAGUCGCACAAGAGCGUAAACAAUAUUUUUGUGAGCUAACGAAUUAUUGAUUCUAAUUCUAUACUAAACGUAUUCCAUGUAGAUAAAAUGUUUAUUUAAUUAUAGUAGACGAAAUUGUGUUAUUCAAGGAUUAUAUAUCCAAAAUUUAAAUUAGAAUUGUGUUAAACAACAGCUUUAAUAUAUUUUUCCAAAAUCAUUAUUAUAUUCUUUAAGAAUAAUUUUUGUUGUCAAAUAGCGAAAAAUAUCAAUAUUACGAUGUCAUCGGUAGAAUAAACAUGUGUAUCGAAACUA